GUGAGGUUACGCAAAAGAGAUAUUUCGUUUCCAUUUUCCGGGUUUUGCGAUUUUGCUAGUUCUGUGAAUUGUAUUCUGUAGUUCUCAAUUCCCACGGAUUUUCGCUGUCGAUUGCUUCGUUCUCGGAUGGAAUUCGUGUAGUGCAAAGGCUGUUCAAGAAUUUGAGUGAAUGAGGUCGGUUUAAAAGAAUGGACGACGGGGUGGGGGAGGAGGUGACUCCGCUGGAUGCAGCCGAGGGUGGUCACCUUCAGGGAAAGGAUAGUGAGUAUUUUACAAGACUUGAAAGCUGCAACAUGUUAGAAUCACAUGAAAUGCUAAUACCAGGUGAGAACGAUUAUUCGAAAAGCUCACAUCAGGAAUUUGGAGACAUGUUGGAUACUAAAAACAUUGGAGGUAUAAGCCAUGUAAACUCAUUAGAACACCCGUAUAAUAAUAAUCCUCGCUCCUUGGAUGAUGCUGGUGUCACGGUGGAAGAAUUAAAUGUAAGAAAUUUCAAUGGUUCCAGUUUAGCUAUUGUUGGUACAUCGACCAGUUUACGUUUAGGUAGAGUGCAGACUAGACAAAACCAGUGGCAACAUCUAUAUCAGUUAGCAGGUGGAUCAGGUAGUGGGAGUUCACGUGGAAAUGCUGCAUACAGGGACAAUGGUCAGAGAAUGACUAGUAGCUUGGAGGAUGUGGGUUACUCCUCUUUCCCUGAGUUUUUGGCUCAAAAGUCUUGCAAUGAUAAUCACAAUGAAGUUGUGGAAGAAUUGACAAAUUCUGAGAAUAGAGGGAUUUCAGCUAAUGCUCCUGGCUCUAUCCGGACAAAGAUUCUAUCUAAAUCAGGGUUUUCCGAGUUUUUUGUUAAAAACACCUUGAAAGGCAAGGGGAUCAUAUUCAAGGGCCCAUCUCAAGAUGGCUGCCAUCUUGAGUCUAGAGAUCGGAAUACUACAAAGCUUGCUGGUGGAAAUGUAGCAGCUUCUGAUGCAUUACAGAAUCACGAUGCUAAAAUUGUUAAUCAGCCUUCCCACAUGCCGAACACCAGAUCCAGGGCUGGGGCCUCUGAUUGCGAUGGAGUUAAUUUGAGAGAAUGGCUGAAAGUUGGGCGUUCUCAAGUGAAUAAAAUGGAGCGCUUGUAUGUAUUUAGACAGAUUGUGGAACUGGUGGAUUGUUCUCAUACACAAGGAGUUGCCUUGCCUAGCUUAAGACCAUCUUAUUUCAAGUUGUUGCCUUCAAAUAAGGUCAAGUACCUCAGAUCGCCUGUCCGAAAAGAAAUAUCACAGAGUCUGAUAGAUCAAGAUAUUUCUUUACCGGAGAGUAACCUGCCCAGUAAAAGGCAAGUGGAGCAGAAUGUUUUUUCCUCGGUUGGUUUGUCGGCAAAGAAGUUAAAGUUGAGUCAAAAUGCAAGAGCUCUUAAGCAGUGGCUUCAUUUUCCUUCCAAUUCAGACUUCAGACAGGCAGUUGCAAAACCUGGCCAUGUGAACAUCGCUGGUCAACAGAAUACCAUCAAUGAAUACAACGAAGAUGACCUGGUUACAAAACAUGGGACUUUAAGCAAGUCUGGCAGCCUUCUUGCCUCUAAUACAAGAGAACAUAUGGCAUUUGCAAGUGAGAAGUUGGAAGAGAAGUGGUAUACAAGUCCUGAAGAGGUGAACGAGGGCAGCUGCAAAACUUCAUCUAAUAUCUACAGUCUGGGUGUGCUUCUUUUUGAGUUACUUGCCCAUUUUGACUCAGAUAGCGCACAUGCCGCAGCUAUGUCAGAUUUGCGUCAUAGGAUUCUUCCUCCAAAUUUUCUAUCAGAAAAUUCCAAGGAAGCUGGUUUUUGUCUCUGGCUACUUCAUCCUGAAUCAUCAUCACGUCCAUCAACAAGGGAAAUCCUGCAAUCUGAAGUAGUUAGUGGGUUGCGGGAGGCAUGUGCGGAAGAUUUGUCUUCAUCUAUUGACGAGGAUGAUAAUGAGUCAGAUUUAUUAUUGCAUUUCCUCACGUCACUGAAAGACCAGAAGCAGAAGGAUGCCUCUAAGUUAGUGGAAGACAUACGGUGCUUAGAGGCAGAUAUUGAAGAAGUUGAGAGAAGGCACCAGCCCAAAGGAGACUUGGCUCGUUCUUGUUUGCAUGGUGGUUCUUCUGUCCGUGGAAGGUUAAAUACAUUUAUUCAUAAAGAACCUUCAAGCUCAGAUGAGCUUUCUCAGUUAUCCACUGUUCCUGAUGCAAAUGAGUCGAGGUUAAUGAAAAGUAUCAGUCAGCUUGAAAGUGCUUACUUCUCUAUGAGAUCCAAAAUUCAGCUCCCUGAGAAUGAUGUAACAGUACGCCAAGACAAGGAGUUGUUGAGAAAUCGGGAGAAUUGGUAUUUGACACAGAAAGAUGAAGAGAAACAAAUUCCAACUGACCGUCUGGGAGUCUUUUUUGAUGGCUUGUGCAAGUACGCUCAUUACAGUAAGUUUGAAGUGCGCGGAGUACUAAGAAAUGGGGAAUUCAACAAUUCCUCUAAUGUAAUAUGCUCCUUGAGUUUCGAUAGGGAUGAAGAGUACUUUGCAGCUGCUGGCGUCUCGAAGAAAAUAAAGAUAUUUGAAUUUAAUUCUCUCUUUAAUGAUUCUGUGGACAUCCAUUAUCCAGCGAUCGAGAUGGCAAACAGAUCAAAGCUCAGUUGUGUUUGCUGGAACAACUAUAUCAAAAACUAUUUGGCUUCAACUGAUUAUGACGGUGCAGUCAAGCUGUGGGAUGCUAGUACUGGUCAGGCUUUUUCUCAAUACAAUGAGCAUGAAAAAAGAGCGUGGUCUGUGGACUUUUCACAAGUAGAUCCCACAAAAUUAGCCAGUGGAAGUGAUGAUUGUUCUGUGAAAUUGUGGAGCAUUAAUGAUAAAAAUUCUUUAGGAACUAUCAGGAACAUUGCAAAUGUCUGCUGUGUUCAAUUCUCUCCGCACUCCACUCACUUGCUGGCAUUUGGUUCUGCGGAUUACAAAACCUAUUGCUAUGAUCUUCGAUAUGCUAAAACAGCCUGGUGUGUAUUGGCUGGUCAUGACAAAGCUGUGAGCUAUGUGAAAUUCUUGGACUCUGAGACCCUAGUUUCUGCGUCCACUGAUAACACCUUAAAGCUAUGGGAUCUCAGUAAAACCACUUCUGCUGGACUUUCCCCCAAUGCUUGCAGCUUAACACUUAGCGGGCACACUAAUGAAAAGAACUUUGUGGGUUUGUCAAUUGCUGAUGGUUAUAUAGCAUGUGGUUCAGAAACCAACGAGGUUUAUGCUUACUACAGAUCACUACCUAUGCCGAUUACUUCUCACAAGUUUGGCUCCAUCGAUUCAAUUUCUGGAAAAGAGACUGAUGACGAUAACGGCCAGUUUGUUUCUAGUGUAUGCUGGAGAGGGAAAUCAGAAAUGGUUGUUGCUGCCAACUCAAGUGGUUGUAUAAAAGUGUUGCAGAUGGUUUAAGGAAAUGUACCCGUUUAACAUCAACUAAGGUCUCAUAUCCAUCUUCACCUGUCCUUGAGCAGUUGAAAGCUAACCAUUUUUUUGAUUGGGGCUCAUUCUUAGAGCCGAAACCAGUUUGGUUGGAGACUUGGAGAUCGAGUUGACAUGAAUGCACUCGCUCUUUGACAUCUGCCUUGGAUUCUGCCCAUCCAUGUGGGACGAAGGGUAAAAUCAUCGAGAAUAUGGUAGACCAUUUUGAAUGUAAAUACCUUGCCUGAAUGAAUUGCCAGAUGGAUGGAAACUUGACUCAAACUAUAAUCAGAAGAUUGCGGCACAAUAUCGAGAUUCCGUUGAAACUAGAGCUCCAAGUGAGCAAUAACGGAAAGAUCCAAGGAUUGCAUUGAAAUAGAGCUGGUGCUUAAAAUUUGAAAUUAUAUUAUCAAGGUCAAUGUGAGAACAGGAUUCUGAGAUCAGCAGUGUCAGCAGAGCAGAUCAGGAAUCAAGUGGUAGAAACAAGAGACAUAUGGUACCAUUUUGUGACCAUCUUUUUGUAGUUGUUCCUGUGACGUGCAAGAUUAUUCCACCGUGUCCAUAGUAGUUCUUAGUGGAGGAAUGGCAUUUGUAAUUAAGUUUUUUUUUAUUUUUUAUUAUUAUUAUUAGUAUUACUAUUAAAUUCUUGAGAGUUGGAGACAAAUUAGAAACAAUUCGACUAGAAAUUCCUUUUUACUUGUAUCUGUAACAUGUAAUGUCGAAGCUCAGCUCGUAAAUUUUCUGAGUUUUUGAUUAAUACAAAAUUAUGAUGA